UGCGUGAGAGGAGAUGUCGUCUCCACAGUGUGUGUUUCAGAGAGAGAAGAUUUCUGUCAUUUUGUCAGUCGACAUGACUCAUCGGGACAGAAGGCUGGCCGUGACUCUUCUCCUCUUCUCAUUCAUCUCUUUCUCCACUCAGAAAUCCUCAGUCUCCUGGUGUGUAGUGUCGGAGGCAGAGGAGCAGAAGUGUCUGGAUCUGGCUGGGAGCGCUACAGCUCGCAAUAUCAGAGGAACGCUGCUGUGUGUCCGUGGACAGAGUCCCACAGACUGUAUGGAGAAGAUCAAGAAUGGUACAGCGGAUGCAGCAGCCAUGUUCACAGAUGACAUCUACACAGCUGGCUGGUGCUAUGGACUAGAACUGGCUGCUGGAGAGUCUUACAAUGGAGUGGAUGGUAUCAGCUACUAUGUUGUAGCUCUGGCUCGUCGCUCCUCCAGUGACCUGUCCCUGUUGGAGAUGCAUGAACGCAGAGCCACUGAUGUGUAUUCGGUUGAGUCGUCAGCGUACAUAGACACACAUGCUUUAUUCAAGGCUGGGGCACUGAGGUGUGUGGCUGAGAAUUUGGGCGAUGUGGCAUUUGUCAAACACACCACCAUUUCUGACAACAUGGAUGGCAAGAAUAUGGAAUCAUGGGCCAUGGACCUGGAACUGGAGGACCUGAAGCUGCUGUGCCCAGAUGGCAGCGAGGCCGGGCUGUUUGAACAUGAGACGUGUCACCUGGCUGUGGUGCCAGCUGACGCUGUGGUGGUACGCCUAGAGGACAAUACCUGGAACGCCUACAGCUGUGUGUGUAAUGUGUUUGGGAACAUCACCAUGUUCAGCUCAGUAGGCUACGCCCAAUCAGAUCUCCUGUUUUCUGACUCCACCCACCACCUGCUCAGGGUUGUGGGUAGUUACACUUCCUGGUUGGGUCCUACAUACACCACUGUCCUGCAGGCCUUCGAGUGUAAAAGUUUGUGCUGA